GCAAGUUGGGGAGGGGCCCUCAGGCUCAGGCUCUAGCUCAGUGCAGAGGGCCGUUGUUGCACACAUUCCCUUUUCACCAGCACUCAUGUUCCAUCAUCUGUGUCAUUCCUUUCUCGACUGUCAGGGCAGCACAAAGCUGUGCAGUGGCAGAACGCAUGUUCUCUUAUCUUUAAAGUCGGACAUUCUCCUGACACAACCUACAGGCCAGCAAGGUACUCUGUCUCCAGCGCGCCUGCAAGGAUCCAACACAGCCAGAGCAUUGAUUUAACAGCGACACGAUGUUGAAGGUCUAUGGGGACAUCUUUUCUCAGCCAACACGAGCAAUCCUGAUCUUCUGCAAGGCAAAUGGACUGGAGCACGAGUUUGUCUCUGUUAGAAUUGACAAGCUUGCACACGUAAAGCCAGAGUUUGCCGAGAUAAACCCUUUGAAAAAGCUGCCGGCAAUCGACGAUGAUGGGUUCAAGCUGCCGGAGAGCCAUGCGAUCAUGCGGUACCUGGCCGCAACUAGAGCGGGAGUUGAGGAUCACUGGUACCCCAAAGAGCCGCACGAGCGGGCGCAGAUUGACGCAGUCCUGGACUGGCACCACCUCAACAUCCGGAAAGGCAGUAUGGAAACGGUCUUCAAUGCCUUCCUUGCCGCCAACCGGGGCCUCACUCCCGACCUGCACAUCCUCAAGAAAGGCCGGCAAACCCUGAAAAACGCCCUGCGAGACCUCGAGAAAGUGUGGCUCCGAGACCCCGGGCCGUUCGUCCUUGGACGAUCGGAGCCGUCCAUUGCGGACCUUUCCAUCGUAUGCGAGUUGAUGCAACUGGAGGUUUUGGAUGCCAAGGAACGGGAGGGUUUUCUCAACCCCUGCCCGCGAGUCCGUGCGCUCAUGGCGGCCGUCGAGAAGGCAACGUCUCCUUAUUUUACCGAAGUACAUACCAUGAUACGGAAGCUCGGAAAAGUGGCGCAAGCGAAACGGGAGGAGCAAGCCGCGGGUUCCAAAUUGUAAGAUAGCAUGGGUCGAAGCAACAUGCAAAAAUGUCGCUCGGGUUCAAAUGAGAUAUUUCGAGGACCAUCUUACAUACAACAAGUCAGGAAGGACUACUAUAAACAAUGUACCAUAUAACCUAGAUCAAUUGACUCAAAGUUAAGCCGAAAGCUCUGAGAGCCCCUCAAAGUCUCUAAAAGCUCUCGCCUAUGAAAGGUCGAC